CAUGCGGAAGUAAUUCAGCCAAGAUGGCAGCGUCCUUGACAGGCAUGUUGUGAUAACAGUCAACUGUCCCAACAUGCUAAACAGCUGCAAAUCUACGUGCUUUACAGUUGAAAAGGGAAGAUUUUGAGAGCGGAACAUGGAGAGACGAGAGUUUGUCGCGUCACUGGUGGCAGGCGGCUGUGCGGGGAUGAGUGUGGAUCUGACCCUCUUCCCCCUGGACACCAUUAAGACAAGACUGCAGAGUCAGCAGGGCUUCUACAAGGCAGGGGGCUUCAGGGGCAUCUACGCUGGAGUCCCAUCUGCUGCUGUCGGCUCCUUCCCCAACGCCGCUGCUUUCUUUGUCACCUACGAGUGCACAAAGUCCCUGCUCGGUGGCAGCGGAACGCUAGCUGCACCACACGUGGCACCUGUCACUCACAUGCUGGCCGCCUCCCUGGGAGAAAUAGUGGCGUGUCUGAUCCGGGUGCCCACAGAGGUGGUCAAACAGAGGACCCAGGCUUCACCCUCAUCCACCACCUACCGCAUGCUGCUGACUACACUCAAAGAAGAGGGUGUCCGAGGCUUGUACAGAGGAUACGGGAGUACGGUUCUCAGAGAGAUCCCGUUCUCGCUGGUGCAGUUUCCACUUUGGGAAUAUUUAAAGACUCUGUGGUCACGGAGGCAAGGUCACACGCUCUACUCUUGGCAGGCUGCAGUGUGCGGAGCUUUUGCAGGUGCAGUAGCAGCAAUUGUUACCACUCCUCUUGACGUGGCAAAGACCAGGAUCAUGCUCGCAAAGGCCGGGUCGACCACAGCGAGGGGCAACAUCCCACUAGUGCUCCACGACGUGUGGAAGAGCCAAGGCCUUCGAGGACUGUUUGCUGGCAGCAUACCGAGGACAACCCUCAUCAGUAUGGGUGGUUUCAUCUUCCUGGGAGCCUACGAGAAGGUCCGCCGCUCGUUGCUGUAGCAGCUCGUCCUCUUUGACCGUCCUGAGUCCUGAGUCCUGAGUCCUGAGUCCUGACCUGGUGGAAGAACCGCAUGGGAAGCAACUCUGGAAGUAGUGACCGCGUCCCCUGGAGGAGUCGUCCACAUGCCCGGUGGCAUUAACCCCAGGCUGCUGCAUUCCUGCUCAUCAGUGCCCUGAGUUUAACAGACUGAGAUCACACACUUCUGUAACGGCAUCUGUGGUUUGGUGAAAUGGAGCCACGCCCUGUCACACAAGGCUAGCAAUGAGCCAUUUCUACUGUUAAUGUGUGUGUAUGGAUCAAUGAGUUGUGGUAUUAAAGACUCU